UUCCACUGGGAUCUCAAACUCAAAACAUUUUGAGUAGCACUGGUUCGUUACCGCCCUUCCCUCGCCGUAUGUUUGCCGGCUGCAUCGUCAUUGUUAAAUGUUAAUUCGUGCAUAAUUGCAAGUUCGUCGAAGAAAUAAGUCGUGUUGUGUCCGUCCUGUUUUUCUUGUGGAAAAGAAAAAUAGACGAUAAUUACUGACAACAGAGUUGUAAGAAUUGGUCGGAUGCUGUAUGAUUUGUGGUGGUUGCAGAGUUUAUCAAGCUUAAGUAAUCCGGAAAUCUUGGAGGGUUAUCUGGAUUUACAAAACAAUCACUGGAGCAAUUGUGAAAUGCUGUAAAAGCAAGAAUUUGAUUAUUAAUCCAGGGAAAAUGGAUGGGAAUGCAUCAAGUAUAGAAUUUAGAUGCUCCUUGAAUGCAACGGUUACACAGAAGAUUCUGGAAAAUCUUCCAGAAUGGAAAACCGUAGUAGUCGAAGCGCAACAAAUCGAAGGAAAUAUGCAACAAGUAAGAUUUUUCAUCGCCGCUUCCACUCUCACAGAAAUAAAAAAAUGGUUAGAAGAAUUCCAAACAAAGAUAAAGACUACAUACAACGUUAGAACAACGUACAACAACAUCAAAGGUAUGCAGGUGAAAUUUAAACAGUUGCUACAUUGCCAGCACAGAAUUCGCUCUCCAAACAUGGACAGAUCUACAAAAAAUACGAACUGCCAAUCUAGAAUAACAGUAACUUUGCACAGCGAAAGAGCACAUCUUAAAGGAAAGGCGCUUCCAAACGCACAAUACCCUUGUGAAGUCAUUUUUGUGAUGUCGCAUAACCACGACAUGACUUUGGCUGAAGCGUUAAGACUGGGAGCCGUUUCUAAAGAAGUUAAGGAUAAAUUAAAAGAUUUGUAUAAAAGAGGUCACUCUCCAGCGACGGCUAUAGAAAUGUUGAAGACUGAUAUUUUUUUAAAUAGUGAUGAUUACGAGAAGAAGCUGAACGAUAGAUAUUACUGUCCAGAGUACAGAUAUUGCUCAUAUGUAUAUAACAAAGAGUUCAAAAGCAAGCACGGUCCAGUUGAUUUUAACAAAAACGGAAAGGAAUUUUUAGUGAAGAAAAUACAAGCGUUUAACAAGAAACAGGAACGAAAUUGUGUGGAGAUUAAUUUUUCUGGGGAGGAUUAUGUUGUGACUAUUUGCCUACCGCUACUAAAGCGUGUUCACGCAUUAGUACCGACAGAAACGAUCUUCAUAAAUUCGUUCGGCGGCGUGAGCCACAGCGGUAUAGGGAUUUACGUUUUGUCAACUUACCCUGAUUAUUUACCACUAGGAAUUAUUAUCACCUCAUCGGACGACGCGAAUCUACUGUGUACGGGUUUGCGUCUUCUCCAUAACUUGCUCGGGAGUGAAAUAUUCGGUGGCAAUACUGAAGGUCCGAAAGUUUGUUUAAUAGACGACUGUACAGUUGAACUGGCUGCAAUUAAUGAAUUAUGGACAAACGUAAAAUGCUACUUGAGCAGCUUCCAUAUGUUGCAAUCAGUGUGGAGGAGACUUACGUCCAGUAAACAUAACAUACCUCACGAACUGCAUGACAGCUUCUACGAUAUUUUUAAAAAACUGAUGAACUCUGGAGACGAACAAGAAUAUAACACUUUUUACCAGGAAGCCUUAACUGAAGCUCAAAAUUUUUCCAGUUAUCGCAAAUAUCUGGAUCACUACUGCCAGAAACGACAUAAAUGGGUUCUGUGUUUCCGUGAAAGUUCCCUUGAAGAGAACCUCGAUCGUUCCGAAGUAGUAAUGAAAUUUUUCCAAGAUAAAAUCUUCCAAAGAGCCAGAUUGUUCAACAUGGAGCAACUCGUUGAUUAUGUUUUAACAACGUUCGUAAGGUACUAUGAGUUGCAUUUAGUUGAAGCGGCCUCUUUUCGAUCAAACAAAUUUGGUUUGGGAAAGAUGAUAGAAAUGCCACCGCUUCAUUUAAUUGAAAAGAUUAUACAGCAUAAUAAUUAUUUAGCCUUCGUGCCAGAUGAUGACCUCGAGAAUCUUCUCUAUGUUGUAAAUAUUGAAACAUUGAUAUGUUCGUGUCCGAAGUCCACCAAGGGCUUUUUGUGUAAGCAUUCUGAAUGGACUUGUUCGGUUUUUAAUUCAGAAAACUUUAAUUCGAAGUUUAGUGAAACAAAUGCAAGGACUUUGUUUUAUAAAAUAGCGACAGGCAGCGAUCCACCGUUGGAGUUUUUUGAAACUUCGGAUAUCGAUUGCGCAUCUACUGAGUUAGCUGUAAUUGAAGAAGCGACUGAUUUCGAUAUUAACUAUCACAUUUCCCAAGAAUAUAUAAAUGAGCAGACUUCUUCAGAUGAGGCGUUACGAGAAGGACAAGAAAUAAUACAACAAAUUAAUUUACAAAUGAACACCUUUUUGGCUGCAUCACCUCAUGAAGUGUUAACAGCACUUAAGGUUAUGUCUGAACAGAUAAGUCAGUAUAACACAGCGUCAAGUUUUGCCUCAGCUUGUCACAGUUUUGGAAAAGAUGUUCACCUUAACGGAAGUAGUGAUCCCUUUCUCGAGGCAGUUCCUCAGAAAAAACAGAAGAUCGAAAUUACUUACAAUAUGCUUAUUUCCGACCUUGAGGAAAACGGUCAAAUUGAUCUAGAUGAGGAUCACGUUAUAUGAUGGUAAAGUGGUAUGCUGUUGAAAAGUGCUGAAUCUCACCAAACAAUGCAACAGAAGUAUGGUGGCUGCAAAAAUACCAAGAUGGUAUUUCACACGUUGGAUAAUCUGGGCGAACAAAAGCGUUUCCGGCACUCUACGGGCACGAAAAUACCAUGGAAACCAUCAAAUUUUGGCUAGAAAUCUUACUUUGAUCGAAUUUUAUAAGUUCUGAAGUAUCUUACGACUUAUUUUAGGGAUUCUGAUCGACAUGACGUACUUGCAAAAUUCAGAAUCGACUUAUUUUGCGAAAAAGAGAGGAUUGGUAUUAUUUUCCACAAUCUAGGUUUUGAUGUAGGUUCAAGAAAUUCUUUUCAAAUUUUUCUUCCUCGAAGACAGGAAGGUCACGUCGGAGGAGGUGACCAUCGAGACUUCUAGGGGAUGCCUGAAAUCGACCAAGUGGAAAGUUCGAGGGGGUCCAGUUGAAGGUGCAAGCGUACACCGAUGGCCAGUUCAUCAUGAUCCGACCAGAAACUAGAAUACGACUACGAUCUUUAGGGCGGCGAGAGUUGGGAGGAAGGCCAGGAUACAGAAGAAACCGAGGAUCGACAUUCCAGAUGAAGUAUCUGACGGUUAUCAUCGACAAAGGUCUGUGUGGGUGGAGCAUUCCAGGUACACAGUCGGAAAAAUUUCAGGAGCAGCACACCGAGUGAGCUGGGAAGAAUCUGGGGAACGGAUCCGCGGACUCUCAGACAGAUCUAUGAUAGAUCGGUUAAACCCGCUGUGCUGUACGCUUCUGAAAUCUGGGGACACCGCGGAUCCAGGAUCAGGAAGUGUCUGCAUUUCCUGCUGGACGUCAGCAGAGGACGACGUCUAAUGCUGCGUUAGCCGUGCUGGCGGGAAGCACACACCUGCAGAGGAUCGAAGACGAGGGCGCCAAGGUCAAACUUUGGUGGUCCACGGACAGGAUCUUCGGAAUUGCUGAAACGGGAGAACGUUAAAGCGGGAGGCGCACAGGGCAGCCAUGGCGAAAUGGCACGAGGCGUGGACGUCAGAAGCCACAGGGUAUCAUUAAGAGAGACGGAAGGUUGAGCCCCCGGAGGCGUAUGCCUGCUCAUGGGGCAUGGCCCAUUCAAGAGCUCUUUUCGAAGAUUUAACUUUAGACAAGGUUCACAGGAAUCCGGAUGUGGAGCGGAAGAACAGAAGAGGGCGAACCACGUCAUGGGGGAGUGCCAAGGAGAAGAACGAUAGAGAGCCAGGGAGAACUUUAGAAGA